AUGUCUUCACAAGGUCAAAAGGUCACAUAUGGCCGAAAUGCGCCGGAAACUGGCGAAAAGCCAGGGCCUAUAGCAUCUGAUAGCCUGGCAGCAGAAUCCAAGAGAGAAGGAGCUGCUUUUUCUUCCAAUAUCAACAGUGAACCACUCGGGGUAUCAGGUUCUAACUCGACGUUUGCCAACACCAAUACUUCCGGGGCCCAAAAGCUCAACCCUGCAUCUGAUGCCAACCAGCGUAUACAACAAGAGGACAGGGCCAAGGAUAGCAGAUCUGGACCUCCUGGUGUCUCCUACCCAACAUCCAUGGGUGGACAGGACCAAGAUGUUGCAGUUGAAAAUAUUAACUUUCAACUUGACGACGGCUCGUACAAAACUGGUUCUGCCGGGGGGGGGGGGUCUACUGCGGCCAGCAAUACUGCACCCUCGUAUGUGAACAGCCAGUGGGCCAAUAAUUCAGCAAAUCCAAAGGGAAAGAACUUGAAGGAGGGGGGGUUUGACAGCAACCCCAAGAACCACGCAAGUUUUAAUUCUGAAAUUGGAUCGAAGGAUGAUCCGGGAAGGCUUGCAGAACUGAAAAUGCAAAAGGAGGCUAUGGAGACGGCCGGUCAACGAUCAGUGCCUGGCAAGAAGGGUGUGCCGGAUGAUGGUAAUUAUGGUGUUCUAGGAAGUGAUAUUCAAGCGUAA